ACACACACACACACACUCCCUCUCACACACACACACACUCGGGGGAGAAUGGCGGUGCCGGCAGAGAGAGUGUACUACCGGUUCGUGGUGCUGUUCUUUAACUGUAUGCUGACGUUUGGCUCAUACUUCUGUUUCGACAUGCCCAGUGUCCUGCAGCAACAGUUCCAGGGGAACCUGACGUGUGUGAACUCCACCCUGGGGAAUGAGACGGUGUGUGUGGAGGGACUCGGCAUGACGCCACAGGAGUACAACCUGCUGUACGCCAUCUACGCAUGGACGAACGCGGUGGUGGUCGUCAUGGCCGGAUUCCUGAUCGACAAACUGGGAAACCGCUUUGGCGUGUUCCUCUUCUCCUUCCUGUGUGUGUUGGGUUCCUCCAUCUUUGCUUUAGGUUCUCAUUUUAAAGGUUCUCCGUACCUGCUGCCUCUCAUGCUGACGGGUCGCCUGCUGUUCGGCUCCGGCAACGGCUCCCUGACCAUCGUACAGAACAGGAUCACAGCGUUCUGGUUCAGAGGGAAGGAGUUGGCGCUGGCGUUCGGUCUCACACUCGCCUUCUCUCGACUUGGGUCCGUCCUCAACUUCUUCUGCACGCAGCACUUCCAGGCCCAGUACGGCAUGGAGUGGACCCUGUGGGGGGGUUCACUGCUGUGUGUGCUGGGUUUCCUCUCUGCUAUAACGGUCAGUGUUCUGGAUAAAGUGGGCAUGAAGCAGCUCGGACUGGACGGAACCAUACAGGAGGAGUCGCGCAAAGUGAAGGUGCAGGAUGUGCGUUUGCUCUCUCUGCGUUACUGGUUGCUGGUUUUGACCAUCAUGUUCUUCUACAACGGGAUUUUCCCUUUCAUCGCUGACGCCAGUAAGUUUAUCCAGGAUAAGUAUGAGGGUUACACACAGAAGCAGGCGUCCUACAUUGCAGGUGCCGUGUACGACAGCUCACUGGUGUUAUCAGCGGUUGUGGGCAUUCUCAUUGACUACGUGGGUCUGCGUGGUGUGUUUGCUGUGUUGUGUGCAGUGUGUACUCUUCCUGUCUUUGGGUUGUUGGCCUUCACCUUCGUCCCUCCGCUCGUCUCCACCGUCUGGCUCGGGAUCACAUACUCGUUCGCUGCGGCGAGCAUGUGGCCCUCCAUCCCCCUGGUGGUGCCGCGCUCCACUCUGGGCACGGCGAUGGGUUUGGCCACGUCGGUGCAGAUGAUCGGGAUCGGAGUGUGUAACCUGAUCGUGGGAGAGAUCCUGGGGGAGAAGAGCAGUGAUGCUAAGAUCCCGUUAUGGCGGUGGCAGCGUAUGAUGAUCUUCAUGUUGGCGAACACAAUCUGCUGCAUCAUCACGUCUACUCUACUGAACAUCAUCGACCGGAGACAGGGAGGUACACUGAACAAACUGACAAAGAGAUCAGCGGUGCAGGACUCUGAGGUUCACACAGACACAGACGCUCUCAUCACCAACGAAGAGGAGACCGGAGAGAGAGACGGCUCCAGCAUCAUCUCAUAACCUGUCUGUCUGUCCCUGUCUGUCUGUCCCUGUCUGUCUGUCCCUGUCUGUCUGUCCCUGUCUGUCUGUCCCUGUUUGUCUGUCUGUCUGUCUGUACCUGUCUCUCUCUCUCUCAUUAUAACAUACUCCUAUAUACGGUGCUGUGUGAAUAAACUGAAUUGAUACAGAUGUGAAAGGGAAGUGUGUGUGUGUGUGUGUG